UUCAAACGGAAGCGGGAAGAAAAAUGGACGACAAGUUGCAUAUUCUGUAGCACGUCUUUGUGCCUUUGAGAACGUUUUUACAGACAGCGAAUCGCUUUCUCAGCUACAAUUAUUCUGUUAAGAAAUUAAAGACUUGACGGAAGCCAUGGACCCAACGUCGUGUAUGAAAGGUCUUGUUAUGGCCGGCAGCCAGUUUAGAAACAACAGAAGCGAUGCCAACAUUCUUCAGCUACAGAGACAGAUAGAGUUGAUGAUCAGCCUGACCAUGAAGGGUCGGUCGGUGAAGUUCUUCAACCCUCAGCAGAUCCUGCCUAUGGAAUGUCUGAGCUGUCUGUGUGACAUCAUCGAGGAUAACCACACCCCCACAUCGCUCUCACACAAGACUGUCGUACUACUCAACAAUUUGGCCUCCUAUCCAGACAUCAGGGAUGCCAUGCACACGACAUUCAACUUCACCUCAUCACUGGCAACCUUCCUGCAGUACCACACACAGUCGCCAGGGGAGCCACUCGUUCUACAGACCCUCCAGUUGCUACAGAAGCUGACCUAUAAGUCCAAAGUCAGCUAUCCCAACAGUUACAUGGAGGAGCUCAUCAGGUUUCUCAUCUCUCACAUACUUGGCCAUGAGUCAGACCUGACUGCUCCCUGCCUGGGACUUCUGGCUAACCUGUGUAAAAAUAACCUCUCCAUACAGGCACAUGUUAAAGCACUGGAGAAUGUGAAGUCCAUCUACCGUACCCUGAUAGCGUACGUUUCCCACAGUAACCAGAGUAUCGUGGUCUACUCCUUCUCUAUUCUCAGUAACCUGUGUUUGAAUGAGGAGAUUGGAGAAAAGGUGUUCAAUGCCAAGAACAUUUACCAGACCUUCCAGCUGAUUUUCAACAUCAUCGUGAACGGAGACAGCUCGCACGUCCGCAGUUUCACCUGUGACCUUUUCAUCGGGCUGCUCAAGAGCCCCAAAACACAACAGUCUGUCGUCAUCUAUGAACAUUUUGAGGCAUGUCUGAUGCAGGUGUUACGUCUCAUCACCAUGGAUACAGAAUCUGCUACAAAGAUAUUUGAGCUGCUCCUGUCGUUCUGUUCCGUGAACGGUCUCCGCUGUACGGUGUGCCGCGCCCUCCUGAACACCCCCGCUCCACAGGACCCGGACAGAUACCAGCCACAGGUUCACCAGCGACAGAUCACAGAGCCGUUCUUUGCGCUGGUCCACUGGGCGGGACAGUCUGUAGAGACUCAUGAUCAGGCUCCUCUGUUUGCCUUGGAUCUGCUGAAGGAGAUAUUUGAGGAAGUGAUAGAUUCAGGCCUGUCCGCCCAGCUGUCCCCCCGUACUGACGUGGUAGUGCCCAUGGCUGUGGAACAACUCACACCCCCCUGUGACACAGAUGGUUCGAUCCUGAAACUCAAGUGUCUGAAGACUGUCAAAGCCUUGGACGUUCUUCUUGUGCUGUGUAAUGAUGAGUCCAUGAAGCUUCAGGUGGCAGAAGCCGUCGACACAAAGGUUUGCAGCACACUACUGGAACAUCAGUACCAACACAACAGGCUGGGCAGGGCUACUGGGCACUGUGGUAUGGAGGAGGACUGGAGUGAGGCUGGAGUAGACUUGGUUCUUCACACACUAGAACUGAUGAGUAGGAUCAAGACUUAUGUGGCCAACAUGGACAUGAUGUUCUAUGAAACACUACAGGACCAGAGACUUGUUGCGUUCCUGGCGUUCUCCCUGACCAAUGACACGCGAGCGCGGGUCCAGCUGGCUCUCAGGCUGCUGAACCAGGCUCUGCCUCUGCCUGAGUUCCCUGCCAUCAUGCUUGGGGACUCCAUUGCAGCGUACAAUGCCAAACAGGCCACGGAGAGGAAAGUGCUAAACAUCGGCAGUGCUGAGUCACCGGGCUCACCCGUCGGUAAACUACAGUCCAUGAAGGCAUCAAUCAACUACAACGGCACCGAGGGGGGGAAGGGGCGGGGGAAGGGGUCCCCACUUCGGGAGGGGAAUGUGGACACCUUGAUUGACAGGAUGAACUCUGGACUGGAGAUCAAGGAUGUUAAAGCCUCAGAGAUCAUGGAUCUGUAUGAGCACAAGCUGGCUUCUCUGGCUACAAAGGAGAGCCACCUGCAGGACCUGUUAGAGGCUAAGCAGCUGGCCCUGGCCCAGGCUGACAGACUCAUUGCUCAGUACAAGUCCAGGAGGGCUCAGUCAGAGGCUGAGGCGAGAAAGCUGGCGUCCAUGCUGCAGGAGUCUGAGCGCAGGUCGGAGGCGUACCGGGACCAGAUCAACGAGCUUCGGCUGGACAAGGAGAGGCAGGCCGAGGACAUGGAACAGCUCGUGGGGCAGAACAACAAACUCCAGGCCGUCGCUGAGGAGCACGAACAACUGCAGGCAGCGUACGCCGAACAGAUAACAAGAGUUGAGGCCCUCCAGAGAAGUGUGAACGCCCACAUGGAGGAACAGAACUCUCUCCGGGAGAUGAACGAAAUGUUACGCAGACACAACGAGAGUCUCAAGAACCAAGUUGAGGACGAGAAGAAGAGACUCACAAAACAACUGAAAGACAAGGAGGCCAAAUUAACAGAGGAGAAAGACAAGGUCCGUACGUUGGAACAUGAGAAGGAGGACCUGGAAACUGCCGUGGACAAGUACAGGAACGAGCUAACCAAACUGGAACAACUCAAGAAGGAGACAGUCAAGAAGUAUGAAGCCUCUAUUGCAGAAAAAGAUGCUCUGAUAAAAACGCAGAAGGCAGAGCUGGAGAAAAAUGCCCAGAUAGUCGCCAUGAUUCACAACAUCAGUGCAGGAGUCAAGUCCUGAGAGUGGUACCAGGCUUGUCAACCAAGAUACGAGCAAGCUGCAAGUGUUCUCACUGGUAUUCCUGUAUUUGUUGGAGUGUCGUGCCUUUCAAUAUCGACUCUGGAGGUGUACGGAUGAAAUUUGAUCGCUAACAAUGUGAACCAAGAUGUAUACAUGUACAUUUUGUGUGUUCUGGUAUUCCUGUAUCUAUAUUGGAGUGUUGUGCCUUCAAAUAUAGACUCCUGAGGUGUAUGGACGAAAUUCGAUCACUAACAAAUCUUCUAAAAUAUACAGAAAUGUAUCUAACAUUCCUCUUCCACCCCCACCCCCCCUACCCAGUAUUAUCCUAACAAGUAUGUAAGUCAACAGCAUGUCUUGAUUUUACAAAUACUUGUACUUUAAGAUAUGUGGUUGUAAUUUCAUCUUUUAAAAAUCCUAUAAGAUAUGUGAUUGUUACGGUGACAUUGUGUUGCUUUGUUUCCUCUCAAACAUGAAGUUAAAUGACA